GACUUUGGCUGGUUUUGAAAAUUAGACCUGACUUAUUUAUACAGAAUAGUGCAGCGGAGCUCAUGGCCAGCAUCAACCCCGUCUUCGGUCUUUUUUGGCGCCUCUUCCUUCCCUUUAGCAAUUCUGGAUUUUUUUGGCGAAUGCGCAAUUGGUAUGAAUACGGGACUGCUUCAACUGCACGUGUGCCAAAUAUGGCGUUCCCUUACAGAAGAAGACUGGAAAAUGAUGCCCAUGAGCUCCACUGCGCUACUCUGAAUAAAUAAGUGAGCAUGCUGUCCAGGGACACUUUCUGGAAUAAUGUGGAUAGGAAGCAGGGAGAGGGGACUAUCUAGGGUAGUCGAUGGGGCUUUUCUUAUUGGGGGGUUAGUUUUCCUUUAAUGACUUUGAUACACUUUCAGUUUCUGCUGUUCCUGUUUCUUUAAGAAUCCCUUACAAGGGCCUUGGCCCCGCCUCGUAGAAAUGGGGUAUGAUAUCAGCAGAGUGUGAUCAAUCAAACAGAACUAUACCUCCCAAAAACUGAUGUUUAAAAAUAGGACAAUUUUAGUUAUGCACCUUAUCUGCCCCAGGACACGCGCAAUUAUGUCCAGGUCGUGUCCUUGCUCCAGUCGAAACCCCACCAACAUUCCAUCAAGCCCCAUAUUAUUUUGAGGCCCAUGGUUUUUAAUUGUCCUGCAGAAACCUGGACCUGUGGGAGGUCUGCAGAGUAAAUGGAACUCUUCAUAAACCGAGAAAGUCCUUUCACUUUCUAAAAGUCAUCGACAACCCAAACCCAUAUAUAUAUAUAUCUUAUAUUAUAACAGUUUUGUGGCUGUUCUGCACUACCUUUGUCUUCUGUAGGACAGGACAUUCAGCUGUGUCAGCAUAUUCCCCAAAAUACCUUUCCCUUAGUAAGCAAAACCACUCUUCUCCACCUCCGACUCCCUCAUCAUGUGCCCCAUUUACAGCAAUCUUGUGACUGUAACUGCCACCACCAAAGUGCUGGCAGAAGAUUAUAGGUUUAACCAAAAUAUAGAGGCUCAUUUAUGGUGCUACGUGCAAAGUCCAAUGGAUUCUCUGGUGUCCUCCCUCAGACCAUAAUAUAGAGGUUUGUGAUGAAACUACCCAUAUCCUAUAAAUGUGCUGAAAGUAGACAACUGGAACUGUACUGUACCUUCUCUCUUUGUGUAGGAGAACCACCCUCAUCACCUGUCCUUAACUCCAGUUUCACCCGCCCAGACAUCUACACUUUUUCCUGUGCCCACUCUCCACCAAGGGAGGCAGUGACCCAGUUGCACUGGAAGGAGAAGCAUGCCAAUGGAACCUAUAGUGGUAUUGGGGUGCAGAGCAUCAAGUUUGGGGAUUACAUAUAUCCUGCCUACAAGGACUUGAACGUGGUACUAAGUCUUCAGAACGGGAACACAACGUUUAUCUUGGAGAUCCAGACGGAGGGUAUGGUGAUUUGCUGCGACAUUGUCACUUAUCCUUUUGGUCAGACCCCGGAGACCUGUGUCUCAGUGGGAGAACCACAGGUGGAGGAGGAAGAAGAAACCUUUCGCUUCCGCCCAGACCUGCUGGGGACUCUUCUCGUUGCAGCCGCCUUCACAGUGGGGUCCAUUGUUAUUCUCUGUCUAAUUUGCAGAACAAGGAACCAAAAACAAUGCAGCUUAAGAGAGGUCAAUCUCCAGAGGGGACACGGGCCGUGUGGUGCAGCUCAGAGAAAUCUAGCUUAUGAAUGUACAACUGAAAGCAAUUUGUUGCAUAAUGGGAUUCUACCUCAAACCCAAGUCUUGCAACAAAAUCCUAAGCCUCCACGACAUUCGGCACCUCCACCAAUUCCACCAUCGAGAACCCGAUUUGUUCAUGAGCAGCAGAGCUCAACGAUGCAAAGACCUUCUGAAAAUUGUGCCCUUCUUAAGAAUCAAAGGCCCCUUAAUGAUGGCCCUCCAUACCAGAGGAAGCAAAGACCUUCUAAUGACUGUCCUCAACCCUUGAGGAACCAAAAUGCUUUUGAUGAGGGCCUCCUGCUAUCUAGAAACCAAAGAAAGUCUGAAGAUGUUCUGCCUCCCCCCAGGAACCAAAGACCUUCUGACUGUUUCCCACCUCCCAUAAACAAAAGGUUUCCUAAGGAUUCUUCCCUGGUACCAACAAACCACAGACCUUCUGAGGAUUCUUACUUGACCCACAUAAACAGCAGAUCUUCUGAGGAUUGUUCUGUUUCCCCCGAAACACAAAAGACAUUUGACAAUUGCUCUAUUUGGGGUUCAGUUCCUUGCAAGGAUAGUCCUGUGGCCAAUCAUUUGUCACAUGAGUCUAUUCCAGAUCCAAAUGCCAUAUAUAGUAAUGUUAAAAGGCAGCCCCUCAAAAUCCCACUGAAAAGGCAAAACAAGGCUGGGCUUCAUAACACACAUAUUUCUACAGAGUCUUCUCCUCGGAGAAGUAUGAGGUUGAUGGCCAGAACCUCCUGGGAUUUACAGAGGGCUAUUUCCCCUUAUGGAAUUACAUCUAGGACUGACUUGUGGUCAACUAGGUCAUUGUCCUUUACUCCUGAAGAUGUCACCCCAUUGUGGCCUCACAGAUCCAAUCUCCAGAGCUCAACAGAUUCCCCCCAAAUCACUAUUAACCCAAUGUAUAACAGUGUGGCAACCUGGGGUCAAUCUCAGAAUGAGCCUCGGGCUAAUCCAUAAAAGGCAUUAUUUGGGGGUGAUCUUAUAGGGACCCAGUGUAAGCUCCAUGGUAAAUUCUAGCAUGCACUUGAUGGUGCUUGAUGUUGAUGUUGGAUGGACAUUGAUUACCUCAACAAUGAGCUUUUAGGUGUCAACGAAGAACUCAGGGAGGUAAAAAAAUUGGUAAAUAAGCUUUAAAUAACGAUGUUUGUAAAAUAAUGUUAUUCUAUGUGCGCCUGGGGUAGAUCGAGCCCUCCGGUAACUGAAGCAAGAAUGUGUUUGCCGAAAUCUCUGGAUAAAGUGUGUAAAUGAUCUAUAGGGGACUCUUCCACCGGAUAGCGGUUGUGUUGCUAAUGGUGUAAAAACAAUAUGUAUAUUUAUUUCUAUCUUGUACACCGGACUUUUUUUGUUAUAUGAUAAAUAAAAGAAAUGUAAAACAUA